CAACACAGUCAGCAGCAGCCUACAUUUAAUAGUAAAAUAAUGCAAUCUCAGGGUCAUCAAAUUGUUUCUGUGUAGCUGAUUUGACUUUUUUGAUUACUGGCAUUCUAAGAGAACACAGCUUUCUUGAGGUGUCACAAAGUAUAACUGUAUAUUAGUCGGCCUCUUACUGAGAGCUCUCUUAAUGACAGGCCCAUUUGCUCAGCCUCAGUGACCAUUUGUCCUGGAGUCAUUGGAGAUUGGUGGAAGGGGAAGUUAAUUUACAUAUCCUUGAGCAUAUAACCUGGGGAAAGAGAUGAGCCCAAGCAGUUAUUCACACUCUUCUGAAUACAGGCACCACUUAACAGGAUUGUGCUGAGUCCUUUCACAGCUGGCAGGCUCCAUUGAUGCUACAUUGUUCCUCUUCAAGAUACAAAACCAAGAGUUUUAACUUGGCAGCAUAAACAGAUCUACAACAAGAAAAGGACUGAAAAUGUUGGAGUUCUUCAAAGCACUGCCAGUACUACUGCUGGGUCUGAUGACUUCACUGUCCCAUGCAGAAUUUGUUCAUUACUACAUCUACGAGGAAGAGGCACCUGGAACGGUCAUUGCUGUUUUAUCAGAGCACCCACUGUUCAACUCAACAGACCAACUUGAGAGCAACUUUCGCCUUAUGAAGCAAUAUAACAACUCUAUUAUCCAAGUGCAAGACAGCGAUGGCCAGCUGAGCAUUGGGGAGAAGAUUGACAGGGAACAGAUCUGCAGGCAGACUUUAACCUGUAUCCUGGCCCUGGACGUGGUCAGUUUUUCAAAGGAUCAGAUAAAGUUGAUGAAUGUAAAAGUGGAGGUAAGAGAUAUUAACGAUAACAGACCUCACUUCCCUAGUUCUGAAAUGCAAGUGGAUAUUUCUGAAAGUUUAGCAGUGGGUGCUAGGAUUCCUUUGCAAAUAGCUAUUGAUGAAGAUAUUGGUGAAAACUCUAUCCAAAACUAUGAACUGUCAGAUAACAGCCACUUCAAGAUUGAUGUCCAGACUAGAGCUGAUGGGGUUAAAUAUGCAAACCUAGUACUUUUAAAGGAAUUAGACAGGGAAAUGCAGUCUGAACACACCUUGACACUGGUUGCCAUGGAUGGAGGGAGCCCAUCACUUUCUGGCAGUGCAGUGGUUAAUGUUCGGGUCCUGGACUUUAAUGACAACAGCCCAGUGUUUGAGAGGAGCACUGUCACCGUGGACAUGAUGGAGGAUGCUCCUGCUGGAUAUCUCUUACUGGACCUCAAUGCAGCUGACCCUGAUGAAGGUGCCAAUGGAGAAAUCAUUUACAGUUUCAGCCCCCAGGUGUCCCCAGAGGUACGUCAGCUCUUUCAUGUAGAUCCCAAAUCAGGUGGCAUAACUCUUGAGGGUAAAGUUGAUUAUGAGAGCAGGCAAACUUAUGAGUUUGAUAUACAAGCUCAGGAUUUAAGUCCUAAUCCAUUAACUGCUACUUGUAAAAUAACUGUGCAUAUCAUAGAUGCAAAUGAUAAUGCUCCAGCCAUCACCAUCACUCCCCUGACUACUGUCAACAAAGGCAUAGCCUAUAUAACUGAAGGAGCUGCUAAGGAUAGCUUUAUAGCACUUAUUGGCACCACAGAUAAAGACUCAGGGCUUAAUGGACAAGUUCAUUGUACACUUUAUGGGCAUGAACACUUCAAACUCAAGAAAGCCUAUGAAGACAGUUUUAUGAUAGUCACUACUUCUCCCCUGGACCGGGAAAAGAUAGCUGAGUACAACCUGACAAUUGUAGCAGAAGAUUUGGGAUUUCCUUCCUUGAAAACCAUAAAGCAGUAUACUGUCAGGCUGAUUGAUGAGAAUGACAAUGUUCCUGAAUUUACCAAACAAAUAUAUGAAGCAUCUGUAUGGGAGAAUAAUGCCCCUGGAACUUAUAUCACAACUGUGAUAGCCAAGGACACUGAUUUUGGACUUAAUGGUAAAAUAUCUUAUAGACUGGUUGAUUCAAAAAUACUGGGGCAGUCCUUGUCCACAUUUGUGGCUAUUGACACUGACUCAGGUAUGUUGCGUGCUGUAAGAUCAUUGGACUAUGAAAUGCUUAAACAACUAGACCUUGAAAUUGAAGCUACUGACAACGGUACUCCUCCACUUACAUCUCGUACUCAGCUGAGAAUAAAGAUAAUUGAUGUAAAUGACAAUGCACCUGUGAUAACUUUCCCCUUGGUGGAUAACAGAUCUGCUGAAGUUAUGUUGCCAAUCCAUGCCCCACAAAAUUACUUAGUUUUGCAGGUUAAAGCCACUGAUAAGGAUGAGGGGGUGAAUUCCCAACUUUUCUUCACUAUUCAGGAAGACAACCAAAAAUUAUUUGCCUUAAACAAAGUGACUGGUGAAUUAUCAUUAACCAGAACAAUUGAUUCUUUGCAAGAUAAGGACUUGAGUAUUGUUAUUGCCGUGCAUGACAAUGGAAGACCUUCCAUGUAUUCCAAUGCUACCAUCAAAUUCACUUUUACUGAAUCCUUUCCAUCUAAUGUAGAGAUAGUUAUUAUGCAAAGUUCUGCAGAGAACCAGCAUCAGAUGGACCUGUCCAUAAUCUUCAUAGCAGUGUUAUCUGGAGGUUGUGCUUUGCUCCUCAUCGCUAUAUUUUUUGUGGCCUGUUCUUGCAAACGGAAAUCUGCUAAUUCUAAGACUGAUGUUGAAGAACAAAGAAUAAGAGAAGUUAAUGACCAACUACUUAAUAGCACAGCUUCGCCAAAAGAGGGCCUCUCAUCUUCCACUUUGUCACAGUCUGAAUCUUGUCAGCUGUCAAUCAACACAGAGUCACAAGGCUGCAGUGCAUCAUCCAGCACCGACCUGGUCAAGGACCUCCAGACAGCAUCAAAUAGUUCAGAUUCAGAUCCAUUAUACCUUUCAUCCAGGUUGUGCAGAGAUAUCUCUACAGAGAGCAUAAGUGGAAAAUCUCAGACUGAACGGCUUAGUGCAAAAGACAGUGGUAAAGGAGACAGUGACUUCAAUGACAGUGAUUCUGACACCAGUGGGGAAGGUGUGAAAAGGGACACCGGCCUGCCAAUUCACAAGCAGCCAUGUUCCCCAUACACAGGAACAUCUGGAACACUGCGAGGUCCAGUACAUCCAGUCAGCCACCACAGCAAUAAAGUCCCAUAUCCUGGAAAUGCAACAAUGCAGUAUGAAAAGGGAUAUGCAAUGUCGUAUUCCUUAGUUCCUACUUACUACAACACCUAUCACCACUCCAGAAUACCUAAUGUCCCUGUCACUAGCUAUACAAUUAAAGACUCAUAUUAUGUCAACAGUAUGCAGAAUGAGAGAAUGCCUCGACAAUGUGAACAGGAUUGGUUGAACAGAAAAGCCAUGCUUUCACCACCUAGGGUGUCCAGGACAUAUCACAGGUCCAAUUACAACACAGAAAUCAGCUUGCAACCCUGUGAAAUUGCAACCACCUUUUAAAUCUUUCUGGGAAAAGUAACUGGGUUAUAGUGUAUCUAGCACUACAUUUUUUUAUUUUGAAUUACAGCAGAGAAGGGUUAAAACUAUUAGUUUGUCUUGCCAUCUGUAACUCGUUAGAGAGAUCCUUUCCCUGCACUUCCUCUCUGAACAGGAAGUGAGAAAAUAGAAACAAGUGCACCCAUUAGAAGAUGUCCCCUCUUUUUCUGUUCUGGUGGCAACAUAAAAUGGUGGCUUUGCCAACACUUUCAUUCCUUGUGACACUGAAGAUCAGGUCAGAUAGAAAGAGGGGGGUACAAACAGCAAUUAAAACUAACCAAUGGCUCUAUUGCCUUACCACCCUUGCCAAAAAAAAUGCCUUUAAUAAUACUCCAAGAAAAGGUCCAGUUCAGUAUUCUGUUCACCUGCACCUGGUUAUGUAGUCACUGACCAUGAACUGUCCUCCAAAACAGCAAAUCCAAAGAUCUAAUGCACGCAUGUACCUCCUAUAUACUCCUGGAAUAAAAUAUGUCACUAGACACAGCAAAUGGCAAGAUAAAUCAAAAGGAGAAAGAAGGCUCUGCAGAAAUAGGAAAACACAGAAUAUCAUGCUAAUACAAUGUACAUUUAAAAAUUGUAAAAAGAGAUGCAUUCUAUAAAUUUAGUUGUACAAAUUUAUGAGUUUUAGGAGGAGACAUGCAAAUGAAAUGUCACUUUAGCUAACUAUGCAUACAGAAUAGCUAGUUUUAUAGCACAGAAAAUAAUAUGAAUAGUAAACAAAAAAAAAGGGUAUGUUACAAGGCAUACCCUUUGAGUUUGUAAGGAAUCUAGUUAUUCAUGCAUUUUUAUUCUGUCACUGCACUCUUGUUAGUUCACAUGUAAAUAUCUAAUAAUUAUUGUACAUAUAUAUAUGUUUAGCUUUUUGACUGUACAUAUCAUAUGAUUUUUAUGUUGUAUAUGGAUAUGGUCUUUCAAUAAAUAUUUAUUUUUAAAAUU